AUUAGAGACACAAAAUCAACUGAUCAAAAAACAACCCUGCUGCAUUUCCUGGCUGAUAUUUGUGAAGAGAAAUAUCAAGACAUCCUAAAAUUCCCUGAUGAACUUGAACAUGUAGAAAGUGCAAGCAAAGUUUCAGCUCAAAUUCUUAAAAGCAAUCUUGAUUCCAUGGGACAGCAGAUACAGCGUUUGGAAAAUGACAUCAAGAAAUUCCCCCAAAUACAAGAUCCUCGUGAUAAAUUCGUCGAAAAAAUGAUCAGUUUUGCCAAGAGUGCCAGAGAACAGUAUGAAAAGUUAUCAAACAUGCAUAACAACAUGAUAAAGCUGUAUGAUAAUUUGGGAGACUAUUACACUUUUGAUUCCAAAUCUGUGACCGUGGAGGAAUUCUUUGGAGAUCUAAGUGCAUUCCGGAUGUUAUUCUUGGAUGCGUUGAAGGAAAACCAUAAAAGAAGAGAAAUGGAGGAAAAGACCAAGAGAGCCAAACUUGCCAAAGAAAAAGCAGAACGCGAAAAAUUGGAACGGCAGAAGAAGAAAAAGCAGCUGAUUGAUAUGAAUAAAGAAGGGGAUGAGACGGGAGUGAUGGAUAAUCUAUUGGAAGCCCUGCAGUCUGGAGCAGCGUUCCGGGAUCGCAGAAAACGAAUGCCAAGGCCUCAAGAUAACCGGAAAGUAAAUUUAGAAAGGUCCCGAUCCCGUCACAAUGGAACAGUUGCAGCAGUAUGAUCUCUCCAUCACCCCCAUGCCAAAGAACUUCUAUUUUGUUCACUUCCCAUGGAGAACAUGAUGUAAACGGAGCAAGAAGAUCAACCGUGAGCAGAAAUUAAAACUUAAGUCCUGAAGGAUGAAAUAUUUUUUACGAACCUUCCUGUAUAGAAGAGACAGAAUGAAAGGAAAAGAAAAAACAGCUUCGUGUAUAUUACGAAGAAAAACUUCAAGAGCUAAAAGCAGUGUUAUAAAACAGCACUAUUUCUUCUUCCUCCUCCUCAUCUUUUUCCCUUUUAGUAUUGCCGUUCUGUGGGCAACCAAGGAUGCAGAUACGAAUGAGGGAAUUAUUUGCAGCUCUCCCAAACGAUGAGAAUGAUAAUUUUUCCCCCCAGUUUUUCAAUUAACAGCAUCGAAAGAUCAGGUCAGCGAUUCAGUUUUAAUUCUUAUUUUGACAUAAAAGGAAAAAAAAUCAGCAUAUUAAUGAAUUUAGACGAACUGAUACAGUAGAUAAGACCCUGUCUCUUUGCAAACACAGGGGAACAGUAUCCCGUCGAUUUUUCACGAUUCCUAUUUCAGGGUUUUGAGCAGGAUGGAUUCAGCUCUUUGAGUUUCAAUCAAAACUUUAUUACAACUCUUCAGCCUCAGUGGUAGAAAGAUAUUUAUAGCUGCUUUAAAGCAAGAUUGUAGGAUUGAAUCAAAGUUAGACUGCACCCUUUGCAAAUUCAACUAAAGAAGGAAUUUUAAAUUGGGCACAUAUAUAAACUUUACAUUUCUAGUUUGAGAGAGAGAAAAUCUUUUCAGACUACUUUGUUUUAAUCUUUGUUUAAUAUUUUGGAGUUUAAAAUCUAUCAAGGAGUAAGGAAUCAGAUUUAGUUUUCUUUAGCUUAGUCACACAAACUUUACACAAUCUUUGGGCUAACAAAAUCCUAAUGAAGAAAAGAGACAGGAGGGGAAAAAAAAACCUGAACACCACUCACAAGCAUACCACUCUCCUAUGUAUUUGGACUAUUUUAUGAUUUACAGCAAUUCUCACCAAUAAGUUUACAGAAGUAACUUUGAAGCACUUUGGAGGUAGCAAAGGAAGGUGAUAUUACCAUUUUUAAGUGUUAUUUGAAACUCAGGCCAACCAGUAACAAAAUUCUCACACCACAUCUAAGAUUCCUAACUAGUUUUGUUUUUUUUUCAAAACUUCUACCGUGUACAUCAAUUGUCUACAUUAAAUGCAUGAAUUUUCCAUUUUAA